AUGUUUGAUGAUUCUUUGGUGGGCGGGAGGCCGUUAUGUGACGAUCCUCAGCCAGCACGUAUAAUGGCUCCGGCACGUUGGGGUGCAGAAGAGUGUUAUCAUAACAACAAAUUUUACUCCCCUCGUGCUGGAGGACCGCACUGUUUAUCGGUACAGUGUGCGCAUUGUCGCGAGCUUCGGCAAGGAGCACUAAAGCGGUGCUGCAGAAAGCAGAACGCGCACAGAGCUGCAAAGUGUAUCGCAUUGCUACACUUUGCUCUACGAAAGUAUCGAGAGAUGCGCGAGUUUGCGCAAAAAUAUGUAUAUUGGACGCUGCUUGCGAAUGGCGCCGAGGUGCAGAGAAGGACAACUGCAAUCAGGACGCAAAUGGGAUCAGUGAGAUUGGGGGAAUAUAACGGUUUUAAGAAUUGUGUGUUACGUGAUGUUUAUAUAUAA